AUGGAAAACAUGUUGCCGCUCACGGUCGCGGACAUGGGUGCGCGCAAAUCCUGGGACAAGGACGUGCUGUUGCAUGAGGAUGCCGGGUCCGUCUGGGACUCUAUUAUUUUCUCGGACGAAAAAAAAGGAAUUUAUGACGGGCCCGACGGCUUCUAG